AUGCCCGCCGACACACUAUCCAACCAAACCUCGCUUCUCCCACACUCACAAACACAUAUCCUUCAAAAGCGCUCCCCCGUAAUCCUGGGCCUGGGCGUCUACGCCUUCAUUGAAGCCGCCGGCUCCGCCGCAGGCCUGACUCUUGGCGACCUAGCCAACACGCUAAUGAACGUCUUCAAGCCCAACGAAGCACCCUGGGAAAACACAGACGAGUACUGUACGAUCUACAUCCGGACACAAGGCGGUGGGAACUGCCACAUGGAAGUUGAUCCUAGCUUCGCGGGACAGGAGAAGGUUACGCACGAGGAUUGGGAUUGUGCGUGGGUUGAUACGGACGCCGAUCCACCGAUGGCGUCGUUUAGUGACCCCGGCAUUGGGGAAUAUCGGGUGCAGUUUACUGCGACUGAUGGGAGUGCGUUUGAUGGGUCGGAAGAGUGUGUUGCUGACGGGCUAUGUUAUCCGAGACUGGAGUUUCAGAGGGAUGGGUUCUAUAUGCGGAUCGAUAGCUGGACGAGUGAGGGGGAUAUUUCUGAGGGCCAGUAUACGGGUGAUUAUGGGGGUGUUUGUCAGAAUUAUGUUGAGGAUCAGUUUACGACUGGGGGAAAUAAACUGGCCACAAAGUGUGCUGUUCCAUGUGAGAAUCAAAACGUUCUUCCGGACUCGACGCCCUAG